AUGUCCACAGAAGAGGGAAAGAACGGGACCUCUGCUGUGGACAGCAAGCCCCCUUAUGAUCUCCGAUCAUUGCUUGAUGGCGAAACCAAUUUCAUCAGCCAGGAUGACAUUGAUAGUUUCGCCAAAGCACUGGCCGCUCCAACCACAGAACCAGUCACCGCUUUGAAUGAUUGGGGUCCUGUCCACCAAAAGGUCAAACGUAGUCGGCCUCGACGGAAAGCACCCCGAAGAUCGAAAGAUGAAACAAGGGAAGGGUUUGUCUACAAUAUUCUCUAUUACCCUCUCUUGUUCCUUGUUUGCGGUUGGAUCGUAUUUCUCUUCAUCAUCUACAACCUGACUCGCUUUUACAUCUAUGCGUAUGAGCACAUCUUCACCUGGAGAGGCCGACGAGAGAACCUUCGGAGGCUGCUGCAAAAGGCAGACACAUACGAAGGAUGGAAAGACGUAGCUCAAAAACUGGACGAUUAUCUGGGAAAUGAUGACUGGAAAAGGUCAGAUCCUUACUCCUACUACAAUCACCAGACCGUCAAGCGGGUCACUGCGCAACUCGCUGAACAGCAACGGAAGACCGAAUUGGAAGGAACGAGCGGUCGAGAUGGGACAGGUGGUCUCAGUGCCAUUGAAGAACUCAAAUCGCUACUCGAAAGCUGCAUGAAGAACAAUUUUGUGGGCAUUGAAAAUCCUCGUCUCUACAGUGAGACCUAUAUUGGAACCAAGGAAUUGAUUCAGACUUUUGUCGACCAGGUGGAGAAAAGCCUGCGAACUGUUCUGGAUUCGGACCAAAUUACCAACAAGGACAAAGCCACAUUCUUCCGACAUCUUGAACUCAAUUAUGGGCGGACGGCUCUUUGUCUCUCGGGAGGUGCCACCUUUGCGUACUAUCAUUUCGGAGUCAUCAAAGCCCUUCUUGAUGCAGGCGAACUGCCCGAGAUUAUCACUGGAACUUCGGGCGGUGCUCUCGUCGCUGCCCUCGUUGCCACUCGAACCGACGAAGAAUUGAAAGAAUUGCUUGUGCCAGCGCUGGCACAUCGCAUCCGCGCGUGUCGAGAAGGCUUCGGUACAUGGGGACCUCGCUGGUGGAAGACAGGGGCUCGUUUCGACUCCCUUGACUGGGCCUUGCAAUGCAGUUGGUUCUGCCGCGGUUCACUUACAUUCCGUGAAGCGUACGAGAGGACAGGCCGCAUUUUGAAUGUUACCUGCGUCCCAUCGGAUCCACAUUCCCCAACAAUACUCAACAACCAUAUCACAAGCCCUGAUUGCGUGAUCUGGUCUGCUGUCCUGGCAUCUGCUGCCGUCCCAGGCAUCCUCAAUCCGAUUGUGUUGAUGCGAAAAACAAAAGACGGAAAUCUGAUCCCGUACUCAUUUGGGAACAAGUGGAAAGAUGGUAGUCUGCGCACCGAUAUUCCGCUGAAAGCCCUGAACAUCCAUUUCAAUGUCAAUUUCUCAAUCGUUUCCCAGGUCAAUCCCCAUAUCAACGUCUUUUUCUUCUCGCCGCGAGGAUCUCCUGGUAGGCCAGUGAUUCAUCGGAAAGGCAGAGGCUGGCGGGGAGGGUUCUUGGGCUCGACAAUUGAGACAUCAGUGAAACUUGACUUGCAGAAAUACCUAAAAAUCCUCAGACAUCUCGAAUUACUGCCUCGGGUUAUGGGCCAGGACUGGAGUGAGAUCUGGCUACAAAGGUUUUCGGGAACGGUGACAAUCUGGCCCAAGACUAUCCUGAGCGACUUUUGGAAUAUUCUGAGUGAUCCUAGCCCACAAAGACUGGACCGAAUGCUGAAAGUUGGCGAGCGCAGCUGUUGGCCCAAGAUUCGAUUUAUUUCUAAUCGUAUGAAAGUGGAACGUGUCAUCCUCGAAGGCUUGAGGAGGGCUGGUCCGGUCGAAGAAGGAUAUCGUGACCCCAACCCGGCUCUCGAACAGCAAUCACAAGAAGCAUCACUUCGAGCUAGGAGAAGAGCGAAUGAUAGCGUCUCAUCGACAGAAGACGCAAAUGAUCACAUCAUUGCACCGUCUCCUCGCCGACCCAGUACUAUAUUGGAAGAGCUAAGUCGACAAGCGUCUGUUCUCUGGAGUGAUGAUGGAGUGACAGAAGGUGAGGAAGACCUGUUGAGCUCUACAGAUGAUGAAGUGGUGAAGAACAUGGAUGAGGUUGAGUAA